AUGAACCGCAUGAACCAGAGCAUGCCAACGGUGACGUACAACAAAGUGGGCUCCGGUGAUUGGAACAAAGUCGGCCGCAAAGGCGCAGUGAAGGGGGCAGCGGCCGCGGCGGUGGGCAGCUCCUUGGCCAUGAUCGCCACAGCCGCCAUCAACGGCGAUCUGAGCAUGGCAACGGUGGCAAAGGCAGGGAAGGGCCUGGCCAAGGCAGGCUUGGCGAUCGCAGGCACGGUGAUGAUGGGCAUGGGCCCCUUGGGCGUCGCGGGCAUGUUCGCCACUAGCUUCUUGUCGGGGGUCCUCUUCCCGGAGCCAAGCUUGGAUGAGAAAUUGCAGCAGCUGAAGGAGGAGAUCAUGAAGGAGGUGGAGACCAUGAUCGACGGAGCACUGCUGGCACAGUCGCUGGAACGUUUGGAGGUCCAGAUUCGGCACUUCUCGGACCAGCUGAACUGGGCCACCAGGGCCUUCAAUUUCAUGGAGCCGGAGGCCAGGCUAUCUUACGCCCUUGCUCUGGAGAAUGAAGCCGGAAGUCUCAGAGAUCUGCUCUUCCUGGAUUGCUUGAAGUCCUUCGGCAGCCAAAAAUGUGCCGACACGCUGAAUAAUGGGGGCGUCUUCAUGUUGCAGGAGAUCAUGAAUGUCCAUUUCUCACUUAUCUAUGAGAUCCUCAAAGCUUUGGACAGGGAUGCUUCCAGGAAGGGCUACGAGCAGCUCCUCAUGCUGACCUUCAACCACAUCGGGUGUCCAAACCAGGCGCCAAACCUGGACUACUGGAAGACUGUGGACGCGGGCUCGGCCAUUGCGGACAUGAAAUCAUAUUGCACGGCGACUGCUGCGGGCACCGCAAACCAGGGCCAGCUGAACCAGUGCUGCAGCCCUGCGGGCUGUGCGGACACGCCGGUCUGUCGAGAUGUCCCAAUCCUCAUGGACUACGGGAAGGCGUGGGACCGGCUCAUGGUCGACUCCUUCAACCUCAUCGGGUGCCCAAAUGAAUCGCCUGAUUUUUCCUAUUGGAAGAGGCAAAGCAAGCAAACAAUCCUCACGGACAUGUACAACUACUGCACUGCGAACCAGAAUGGAGGGGCCCCCAAUUCUCAACAGACACAGUGUUGUGGUGACGUGCGGCCCUGCGUCACGGACGGUUGCCAGCGGCUGACCGACUACCACGACAGGGCGCGUUUGCUGCGCGAUACCAUCAUUCUUAAGUACGAGCAGAUGCUUGCAGACUACAGGCAGGUGUGGGUCCCUGCCAAGAAGAAGUUCCUGAUGCAGCGCCUGGAGGUAUGA